UCCAGCUCCCAUGACAAGAUAAGAUAUAGCUAAGCUAUCGGUCAGCUCACACGAAUCGAAGAACCUUCUGCCCCACGAAGAUGGGAGUCCGUGGCUACCUCCCUUCUUGCUCCACCUCCAUGCACCACGCCACCACAGCAACCACGCGCCGCAAGACCGCCGCCGGCACCGGGAGGCACGCUCCGGCCAAGGUGUCCUGCUCCUCCGCCGCAGCGCCGCCGUCGCAGAGCACGAUCAAGGUGGUCAUCGUGGGCGCCACCAAGGAGAUCGGGAGGACGGCGAUCGCGGCGGUGAGCAGGGCCCGGGGGAUGGAGCUCGCGGGCGCCAUUGAUACCCAGUGCAUCGGGCUGGACGCAGGAGAGAUAAGUGGCAUGGAAGAAGCCCUGGAGAUCCCGGUGCUCAAUGAUCUUACAAUGGUUCUGGGCUCCAUAGCACAAUCGAGAGCGACUGGUGUGGUUGUCGAUUUCAGUGAACCUUCCACUGUCUAUGACAAUGUCAAGCAGGCAGCAGCAUUUGGCUUAAGCAGUGUUGUAUACGUGCCAAAGAUUGAGAUGGACACGGUAACCGAGCUGUCAGCAUUCUGCGACAAGGCAAGCAUGGGUUGCUUGGUCGCACCGACGCUGUCAAUUGGCUCAGUACUCCUUCAACAAGCUGCAAUCCAGGCCUCAUUCCACUACAACAACGUUGAGAUAGUGGAAUCAAGACCUAACCCAUCGGACUUGCCAUCACAAGACGCAGUACAGAUCGCAAAUAACAUAUCUGAACUUGGUCAGAUAUACAACAGGGAAGAUAUGGAAUCCGAUAAUCCAGCAAGAGGUCAGGUACUCGGAGAAGAUGGAGUGCGUGUCCACAGUAUGGUUCUUCCAGGACUUGCUUCAAGCACAUCAGUCAUUUUGUCAGGCCCCGGAGAGAUUUACACCUUGAGGCUUGAUGUGACGAAUGUUCAAUGCCUAAUGCCGGGACUAAUGCUGGCAAUAAGGAAGGUGAUACGCUUGAAGAACUUGAUCUAUGGUCUGGAGAAGUUCUUGUAGGAAAGGGCAAUACAUAUCAAGAGAACUACAGUUUCUGAGCUUACCGACUGUUUUUAGUAACUUGGUAAAUGGGAUCAAAUCAAUUUUUUGGCUCAAGAUUAGAAAUAGUGCCAAUGGCAAGGGGGAUCCGACAACCCUAGGAAUGUGAUGCGGAGUUUCGUAAUGGCUUAACACACAAGAUGGUUCUUCUGAGCUCACAUGAAGAAACCAACUUGAGGCGAGUUUUGGUGUUGGAUGUGUUGUUUGAAGUCUAACCCACUCAAUAAUGUUGGUGCUAGCUAGUGUCCUAUAAAUUCAAAGAAUGUGAUUGGAUUUGUGCAUUUGUUUUA